AACAGGAAUUUCCAUUUUGUAAGGUCUCAGCCUUCCAAAGCUGACCAAUUAUCUAUUUAAUCACCCCUCUCUUCUUCUUCUUCAUUCAUCUCCAUUCAUCUCCAUUCAUCUUCAUUCUUCUCUCUUCUUCAACAUAAAUUGUCUUCCAUCUCCAUCCGCCAUGGUUCUCUCCAAAACCGCCUCUCAGUCCGAUGUCUCCGUCCAUUCCACCUUCGCUUCCAGAUAUGUCCGAACCUCUCUCCCAAGAUUCAAAAUGCCGGAAAAUUCGAUCCCCAAGGAAGCUGCGUUUCAGAUCAUUAAUGAUGAACUCAUGCUCGAUGGAAACCCUAGGUUGAAUUUGGCCUCCUUUGUUACUACUUGGAUGGAGCCUGAGUGUGAUAAACUCAUCAUGGCUUCCAUUAACAAGAAUUACGUUGAUAUGGAUGAAUAUCCUGUCACCACUGAGCUUCAGAACCGAUGUGUGAAUAUGAUAGCACAUUUGUUCAAUGCCCCAUUGGGUGAUUCUGAAACGGCAGUGGGAGUUGGAACAGUGGGAUCGUCAGAGGCCAUAAUGUUGGCUGGUUUGGCUUUCAAGAGAAAAUGGCAGAACAGAAGGAAGGCUGAAGGCAAGCCCUAUGACAAGCCCAACAUUGUCACUGGUGCUAAUGUCCAGGUAUGCUGGGAGAAAUUUGCAAGAUACUUCGAAGUAGAACUGAAGGAGGUGAAAUUGAGGGAAGGUUACUAUGUGAUGGAUCCAGAGAAAGCUGUAGAGAUGGUUGAUGAGAACACAAUCUGUGUUGCAGCCAUCUUGGGUUCCACUCUCAAUGGAGAAUUCGAAGAUGUAAAGCUCUUAAACGAUCUCUUAGUCGAGAAGAACAAAGAAACUGGAUGGGAUACUCCUAUUCAUGUUGAUGCUGCGAGUGGAGGGUUUAUUGCUCCAUUCAUUUACCCUGAGCUAGAAUGGGACUUUAGGUUGCCACUUGUAAAGAGUAUUAAUGUGAGUGGCCAUAAGUAUGGGCUUGUUUAUGCUGGAAUUGGUUGGGUUAUCUGGAGGAACAAAGAAGAUUUGCCUGAAGAACUUAUCUUUCAUAUCAACUAUCUUGGAGCUGACCAACCCACUUUCACCCUCAAUUUCUCCAAAGGAUCUAGUCAAGUCAUUGCUCAGUAUUACCAAUUGAUCCGUUUGGGUUAUGAGGGAUACCAAAACGUGAUGGAAAACUGCAGAGAAAACAUGAUUGUCCUAAAGGAAGGACUCGAGAAAACAGGGCGGUUCAACAUCGUGUCAAAGGACAAUGGAGUUCCACUUGUGGCCUUCUCCUUGAAAGACAACACACGCCAUACGGAGUUUGAGGUUUCAGAAAUGCUGAGGAGGUUCGGCUGGAUUGUACCAGCUUACACCAUGCCUCCGGAUGCACAACACAUAACCGUCCUUAGAGUAGUGAUCCGAGAAGAUUUUUCUCGCACGCUUGCUGAGCGUCUUGUGAAUGAUAUUGAGAAAACAUUGCACGAACUCGAUAGCCUCCCAUCGAAGGCUGAUAUCAAGACAACAGUGGCUGGAGAAGAGACGCAGAAGAACGAUGUCGUGGUGGCAAAGAAGAGCGCUCUUGAGACGCAGAGGGAGAUCACAACUGCUUGGAGGAAGUUUGUGAUGGAAAAGAAGAAGACCAAUGGAGUUUGUUAGAGCUGGAAAGUAAAGGAUUAUAUAUACUAUUGAUAUAUGUAUGUGUCAAUUGAGAAUGGAUGAAGAUUGUAUUUCGGAAUGAGAGUGUUUGUUUGUUUGUUUAGAGUUCAUUUCUUUUUUGUGUAUUUUUCAUGGUUAAAGUUGAAUAUCUUCACUUUUCAAUUCAAGUGCAAACUUGUCAUCCUUGUUUUCCAAGCUUCACUAAUAGUUUGAACAAUACCGGCCUAAUUGUUGCUCAGGCAUGUGUUCCAAUUGUCAUUUAGUUUUAAUGUU